CCCCGUGUCAGUUUCGGCGUCCCUGGCAGCUCACCUCUGCGCCGCCGCUUCUGGGUCACUCCUCCUCUGCCUACCGGGCGCCCCCACCUGGCCCUGCGGCGCCCCGCAGCUCCCCGAGCCCCGGGGCCCUCCUUGCCUUUUCUCCGCGGUGCUUUGAUCCGGGGGACUUUCUGUUUGUUUGUUUUCUUCUCUUUCCUCUUUGUUGCUCUACAACCCUUCUCGCCGAAGCCCCCGGCUCCGGAGGGAGUUCGACUUGCGGAGGAAGUUGGCUGCCGCGCCCCGCACCGGCCCCUCCUGCGGCCCCGCGAGCUGGCGCGCCCACCCCGCCUGCCCGACCCGCUCGCUGCCUGCGUUCGUUCGCCGGAGGAAGCCAGCCGAGGGUUCAUUGAUGCACCCAUUCCAGUGGUGUAACGGGUGUUUCUGCGGCCUGGGACUGGUGAGCACCAACAAGUCCUGCUCGAUGCCACCCAUCAGUUUCCAAGACCUUCCCCUCAACAUCUACAUGGUCAUCUUUGGCACGGGCAUCUUUGUCUUCAUGCUCAGCCUCAUCUUCUGCUGCUAUUUCAUCAGCAAACUCCGGAACCAGGCACAGAGUGAACGAUAUGGAUAUAAAGAGGUGGUGCUUAAAGGUGAUGCCAAGAAGUUACAGUUAUACGGGCAGACCUGCGCGGUCUGUCUGGAAGACUUCAAGGGGAAGGAUGAGCUGGGCGUGCUCCCGUGCCAACACGCCUUCCACCGCAAGUGUCUGGUGAAGUGGCUGGAGGUCCGCUGUGUCUGCCCCAUGUGCAACAAGCCCAUUGCUGGUCCCUCGGAGGCCGCUCAGAGCAUCGGGAUCCUAUUGGAUGAGCUGGUGUGACGGCUGCCCCUGUACUAAGGCCUGGAGAAGACUUCUAGCCUCGUGGGGGCCUGGUCCUUCCACACAGCUGUGGUGAACAAGACUGCUGGGUGGGAACAGCCAUGCUUACCUGGAGUGGAAGGGGAGCAGGGCUGGUCUUCCAGCAUCAGGGUGAGACCAGACUUGGCCCACCUCUGCCUCCCGCAGCCUUCUUCCCUGCUUACUCAGUUCUGACAGCUUCACCCAUCAAGACCACUGCAUCCUGGUACUGGACUGUCUCCCUGCCUUGUCCCUGCUCUGGGGAAAGAAAUCCACUCCUAUUUGGCCAAGAACUUGGAGCACACCCCCUGAGGGUUGCCCUGAGGGGGACAAGCUGCCCUGACCUGGAAGAGGAGAUGAGAUAGGCUCUGUCCCUCCUGUGACCCCCCGGCCCCUCCCCACUCCUUCCAGAGGAAGGUCAGAAGGGAGGAAAAGAUGGAGGAACCAGGUGCCUCCAGGGGAACUGAGGGAGGCUCUGGAGGAAACCGGGAAGAGCAGGGACUAGAGAAGGAAAGUCAAUGUUUACAUGAGACCUGUGGAAACAAAGGCUGGCCGGCCGGCCUGCUGACUGCAGGGUGGUGGGGGCGGCCCCUCCGCCUGCGAGCAUCCGAGGCGCUACCUGUCCCCUCUUCCUCGGUCAGUCUCAGAGCUUCCUAUUCCUUGAGUGCCCCCCUCCAGAGGAAGGGCUUCUACACCCAAAUGGAUUCCCAGGGGUUUUUCCUAAAGGAGCAAAAAGGGGCCUGGGGAGGAGGGGGCCGGAACGUCAAGGUUGCAACGGACACCCUUUUCCUCUUUGUAAAUAGUAUUUUUGUACUUCAUCCUCACCAUCUCAGGUUUUAUACAUGGAAUCCCCCAAAUGGAAGGGGUGGGGGGGGGGUUUCUGUUUCUCCCCAAAAUGGGUGAGGGUGGGAGAAAGGUUAUGUAUUUAAGGAAAAUUAAAUUUAAUAACAAGUUUCUCUAA